CGAUAGAUAAUAGAAAUUUUCCUCAAGUGACGUACCGACGCGACGUGUUGACGUUUUUUGUAAUAUUGCUUCGCUGGAUAUUUCACUUUUACAUACGUGUCAAGUGAGCUUGUGCGUGUUCGGCUUUAGAGCCUUUAAUUUUAAGACAAUUGACAAAUAUCACUGAUUUAUUUAGAACAAUGGCACCUAAACAGAGAAUGCGUAUCGCCAACGAAAUUGCCAGCAAAAACAUCACAAUGAGGGGCAAUGUUCCCAAAACCACAAAGGAAAAGGAAGAUCAAUAUCCAGUAGCACCAUGGCUCCUAGCUCUCUUCAUAUUUGUAGUUUGUGGUUCUGCUGUCUUCCAAAUCAUACAGUCCAUACGACUGGCCUAAACCCUCUGUGAUUUCCUUCCCGACUGAUAAUUUUAGUAACAUAAGAAAUUGUGGCAUACUCUACAUGGUUUUAAACAAUGAAGUUAGUAUGUAAAUAAUGUCUUUUAAAUAUAAUGCUGUUACUGUAUUUGUUUGUCGACUUUAAUGUUUCAUCCUUUACGUCUCUACAUAUACUGUGCCACAAUUUCUACAAAACACCACAACCCCUUGUAAUGAUUAAAUAUUUUGUCAAACAAACUGUUUAAGCUUACAAGGUGACUGCGCAUCUCCCCUAUGUAGCUUUCAUAGUUGCAUCUAAUUGUGUUUAGUCUAAGCGCAGGUUUAAAUAUAAUCUCAAAAAACAUUAAAAUGUACUAUAUUCUUGUAUAGUGUAAAUUUAAUUAGACUAGAUUCAUACUUGGCAAUUUUGUUGUAUAAAUUUUUAGCUCAUCCAAAGACCCUAAAUCAAAAAUUAACCAUUAUUUUUGGUUGUUUGUGCUGAAGUUUACCAUAUGAAGUUGCCCAGUAUGUUGCUAGCCUUAAUAUUAAGAUAUAACCAAGCAUUUCGAUAUAUUAAUGAAAUUAUUUUUCCAUUCCUGAAUUAUUUUAUAUAAGACCAAUUUAAGAAAGACGCACAACAUCAUAACUUUGUUCAGCAAAAUUAUGUUUUGUGGAUUAUUAUUUUUUUUGUAUAAUAUUAGUAAAUUUUAUUUUAUUUUUAAUCCGCGCCAUCGUUAUGAAAUUAUUUGUCGGUUCUAUUUUUAAUUUUAAAUGUAAUUUAUUUGUUUAAAUACAGUAUAUUUGUCAA